AUGAGGGCCGAGGCUUUGUCGACGCAGGAGUGCGCCUGGACGUUGGAAGAGUGCCAUCUAGCGGAGAAGAUGAAUGUAGCUACCCAGAGGGACAGCCUCUGUCUUCCAAACUUCUUCAGAGCCAGAAAAGUAAAAUCUUUUACGAGGACUCGGACGCGCCCUACCAACCAGAUUCACUUCACGGCACGAGAGCUUCUGCUGGAGCUCAUGGACCAAAGAGCCAUUCAGGAGCUGGCCAAGAGGGCUGGUGUCGCCAAAGCAACAGCUGGCCGUCAAUCCUACAGUCAGGGCAGGGAACAGAGCACAAAUCUCUCAGAGGAGCAGUAUGCUGAUGCCUUAACGUGGCUCUCCAUUGUCCUCCAGAGUGGUCUCGCUUCAGGAGAAGAUUGUGGCUCAGGCACUGACGUGGGCCUACACCUGAACGGAUGGCAAAAUGUGCUGAAGAAAAGCAGUUUCCAGGCAAGCCUUCUGUCUCUCUCCAGACUGGAGGACAAAGACAAAAUGGAGGCCCUGUCUGCCUUCUACAGCCAUCUCACCAGGCGCUAUCAGGCCCUAUACACACCUGGACAACACCUGGCAGUGAAGAAAUACUGUCUUUCAUACCAACAGACCUCCUCCCCUCUUUACCUUGCCCUGCUCUGUGAUACCAGCUCAGGCUUCAUCUGUAACAUGUACCUGUACUCUCCAGAGCAGCUCCAGAAGGCUAGUAAGACCCCUGUAGUUGAACAGGUGGUCAGCCAGCUCUUGAGGCCCUACCAUAGCCGUGGGUACCUGGUUCAGUUACACAACUCUGCUUGGAUGGAGGGAAAACUUACAGAGCUCUUCUCUGAGUGGGGGGUCAAUAUCUAUUUUGAAGCUUCCAUCAAGAGGCCAGUUGUGGACAACGCAUCUUGUUCUUCUGCACCCAGGCUGCCGUGUCAGCACCAGUGGGCUCCUGUAUUGCAGGAGGAACCGCCGUCUCAGCUUUUGGCCCAUUUCCAGGGCUGGACAGGGCCUGCUCUGUUUCCUAAAUCGAACCCGAGUAACCCUGUGGUGGAGAUCUUCCUCCCAGGGCUCUGGGCUACACUGCAUAUAAUCUACAUCAACACGUUUGUUCUCCACACUUUGCAGAACCAGGAGUCAUGUAAGAGAACUCGCCUGAGGGAGUUUACCAGAUUUCUGGCCUCCCAACUGGCCAUGGAAAAUUGUGUGGCUGUAACCAACCUGUCAGGGCCCCACACCAGCUCAUCUCCAGAUACUUAUGUGACAACUCAUACUGAGCAAAGGUCAGACUUAAUUGUAACCGAUGAAUUUGUUUGCAGGUUGCAGGGGGGAAGGCAGCCUGGGGUGUGUGGACUGGUUAACUCUGGCAACUCCUGUUACUUAAACGCUGUGUUACAGUGUCUCUGCUCUACUGUGCCUCUUGUGGACUACUUCCUGAGUAAGAACACACAGCAAGAGUUGGCAAAGCGAAAGCGUGUGGUGGCUGGGGUAUUUGGUCGCCUGCUUGAGGAGAUGUGGCUGGGCCAAAAGUCCAGCUGUGCCCCUCUGGAGAUGAAGUUUGUGGUGUGCUCCCUCCAACCCCAGUUCGACAACGACUUCCAGCAGGAUGCCCAGGAGCUGCUGCUCUUCCUCCUCAAUGCACUCCAUGACGACCUGAAAGAGAAGGGUGACAUGCGUCAGAUACACUCCUUGACUUGGCGGCUGAGACAGGACAAAAAUAGAAACUAUCCCUGCACCACGGGAGGGCCCACCAUCAUCUCACAUCUGUUUGAGGGCCAACUGAGCUAUGUGACAAUCUGCACUGACUGUGGUUACCAGUCAUACAGCACACAAGACUUCACCACGCUGUCCCUUCCAAUACCUCCAGACAUCAGGGACAAGUGCUCCCUUCAGGAUUGCAUCUCUCUGUUUUUUCGGCAGAGUAUGCUGACCGGGGGAAACCAGAUGCUGUGUUCAGAAUGUGGUACGAGGAGAGACACAACCAUCCUCACCUCCUUGGUCAAACCCCCUGAGAUCCUCAUGCUACAUCUAAAACGUUUUGCCUAUCAAGGGAAGAAAAAGGUGAAACUGAGGACUAAUGUCUUGUUCUCACUGGAGGAACUUGACCUCACCCCCUUCCUAUCCUGCCCUUCUGCACAGUGCAGCACAUACUCUCUCUACGCUGUAGUGAACCAUAUAGGACACCUUGACAUGGGCCACUAUACAGCUCUGUGCCACAACCCCCUGACCCGCCGCUGGCAUUGGUUUGAUGACGCCACCAUCAGAGAAGUGCAAGACUACUUUAUCCAGUCCCCCAAUGCCUACAUUCUCCUCUAUAGCCGCAAGCCCUUCCAUAGUCCCCAGAUCAGUGGGCUCUGA